ACGCAUAAAUGAUUAUUUUAAAACGGAUUUUACAAGACAUUUAAAAAAAAACAUGCGACUCGAUCAGCCAAUAAAAAUGAGGGAAUAUAUUUAGAUGUAUAUUUAAAUGUAUAUAACUGCACCCAUCGUGUCAGUGUGAGAAAGCAUUCAGAACAAUUCAGCAUCAUUCGACAUAUUGUUGUAUUCAUAACAAAGAGGAAACAAUAUCUGAUAUUUCCAGUUUUGGAAAAGAAAUUGUCAAAUAGUCAUGUCGAAUAGCAAGAGCAAAGGUACAAUUGCAAAGUAUAAGAUAACGGUUCAGACUGGAGACAAAAAGGGAGCUGGGACGCAUGCGCAUGUCCAUAUAAUACUUUAUGGAAAAGAUGAAACACAAACAAAAGAAUGCAAGCUUUCUAACUUUUUAAAAAGUGAUUUUAAAAGAGGUAAGUUGGAAAGCUUUUCUAUCAAAUCUGAAGUUCACAUUUCCGAAGUCCAGAAAUGGAGCUGUGGAGAGACAACAAUGGGUCGAGUGCUAACUGGUAUCUAGAUUUGAUUGAAGUCACCAAUAAGGGAAACAGUUUCACAACUAUAUUUCCAGCAUUGAAAUGGAUCAAAGAAAACCAUCAUUACUUUUUCGUAAAUGAAACAAGUUUACCCCAAAACGACCCAAUGAAAGAAUCAAGAAGGUUAGAGAUGCAGGUCUUACAUAAGGAAUAUCAGUUAGAGGUUAAGAUACCCGGACUACCUGCUCAGGUUAAAAUGUUACCGGAAGACGAGACAUUUUCAUGGCAUUAUUUUGCUGACGUUUUGCUUUCGAAACUCGCAGAAUAUGGAAUAGAAAGCAUUAAACUGACGAAAAAGGGAAAAGAAAAAGAAUGGAAGAAAGUUGACGACGUCAAAACAGUGUAUACUAAAGUGUUUGGAAUUCCACAGGGUUCAAAGUAUUUCAACGAUGAUAUGAAGUUCGGAAGACAGAGACUUAGCUGCCUGAAUUCAUUACUAAUAGAAAUGUGCACUGCGAUACCCUAAAAUUUUGCAGUCACAGAAGAUAUGAUCAAACCGUUUCUAGAAGGCAAAACAAUAAAACAAGCCAUUGAAGGAAAAAAGCUCUUCAUGACAAACUUGGCAAUAUUGGAAGAUUGUCCAACUAGGACUGAAAAUCUUAAAAUGACUUGUCCCUUGGCUCUGUUUUAUUUUAACGAUGCUAAACGUCUUAUGCCAAUAGCCAUACAGCUGUUCCAAAAGAAAGGACCGAGUAACCCUGUUUUCUUACCGUCAGAUCCAGAGUACACCUGGAUGUUAGCAAAGCUGUGGUACAAUCUGGCUGAUUCUACAUAUCACCAAGCUCUCACUCAUCUAAAUUUUACUCAUUUGAUGAUGGAAGGUAUUAGUGUCUCAACAAAAAGAAACCUUGCGCUACAACAUCCAAUUAUGAAAUUGCUGAAUGCACACUUUUUGUAUCUCAUGGCUAUUGACAGUCUUGCACUUGUAUCGUUGAUAAAACCAGAUGGUAUCAUAGACAAGGUUUCCAAUGCAGGAAUAAAAGGCGUUUUUCAUAUCAUGGCAAAGAGUAUGGAAUGGUGGAGACUGGAUUUACAUGGAACUCUUCCGGAAAAUUUUAAGAGCCGAGGGGUAUUUGAUCAGUCUGUACUGACCGGAGCCUACCAUAUGAGAGAUGAUGGCCUCUUGUUGUAUGAUGCCAUUAAGUCAUAUGUUGAGAAAUAUGUUUUGCUCUACUAUUCCACUGAGGGUUCAUUGGACGCCGAUUACGAAAUUCAGAGUUGGGGAGCAGAACUUGUAAAGUCAAGAGAUAAUGGCGGAGUCGGAAUUCUGGGAGUCCCAGGUGAUGGCAAUUUUAAAACGACAGACCAACUUGUUUUAACAUUGACAGCCGUUAUCUACACGUGUAGUGCUGGUCAUGCCGCAGCCAACUUCCAACAAUAUGAUGAAUAUGGUGCUCCAUUCAAUUAUCCGUUCCAUCUGUCUGGAAACCCCCCUACAGACAAGAAUCCAGUCACUAUAGAAAAAAUCCUUAAGACUAUUGCAAAAAGAGAUAUGCUUUUAGAGACGAUGUCAAUUACGAAAGUUCUGAGUGACAAAGCAACAGAUAGUCUUGGUAAAUUUGAGAAACAGUUUAUUGUCGAUCCUGCAGCAAUACAAAUCGUUGAAGAGUUUCGACAGAAAUUACAAGAAGUUGGUAAAACAAUAGAUGAAAAGAACCAAAAGAGGGAAUUUCCAUAUGAUUGGCUUCUUCCACAGGCAGUACCAAAUGCCAUAAGCAUUUAGACAUUUACCUUUUUAUAAAUACAGACUUUAUAAAUUUUGUAUACUAACUAUUCUAGCAAAGAUUAAGAGCUUUUUAAUCUGUAUUGUGUCAUUGAUAUAUCUCCUGUAAUGGAUAUGUACAAAAUGUAAUAACAUAGUUACUAUAAUUAUAUGCUUGUCAUUUGAAAAUGAUAUCGCCUUUCUUUAAAUAUUUUACCCUACAUUGUCAUAUUGGGUUCUAGCUAGUUGAUAUAUAUAUAGAUUCUACCACUGCAUCAAGUGUCCUACGAUAUUUAUCCACUCGAGACAGUUUUAAAUAUUUAAAAUUCAACUGUCGAGAGUGCUUAAAAUAUCGUAUUGCAUGAGAUUUGGUGGUGGAAUCUGUUUCUCUUAUGAUUUUUUGACGAUCAUCAAAUACAGACCAUCUUAAUCCUUGUUUUCGAAUAAUUUGCAAAAAAAGAUGUGUUCUUUCUAUUUGACUUCAUCAGACAUGGUCGCCUUUUUUCAUGACGUAACAAUAAGAAAUUCAGAGGAAAGCAAGAAAAUUUGACGUCAUAAUCGAAUUUGUACCAAUGAAGAACAGAGAUCAAACGAACCACACGUUGAUUAAAUAAAAAUAAUCAACAGUUCAGGAAAUAGAUAAUCGACUAAGAAUUAGAGAAAACUGUAUAACAACUUGCUUCUUUAAUAAGUUAUCCUAUGACAUUGUUUUCUUGUACCGGUAUAUUAUGUUUAAGAGAUCAGUAUUACUGACAAGCAAUUUAUAGGCUGAUUUUAUUGUGUUGUUUAUUAAAAAAAACUUCAUCAUCUGUUCGAAUUAUUGUCAACUUGAUAUCUCUAAUUUGAUAAUUCCCGUAGGUAUCACCAGCCGAGUAGUACUCUACUUUGGUACUGGCAUGGACAUAAGGUUAUUGUGUUAAAUAAAUUUUUAAUUACAAAAUUUUAGAAAUUAUUUCAAAUUAAGGAAUAUAUCUUCUUCAUGCAAGGCUCUGAUUUCUUGCCCGGCUUUGGCUAUACUUUUUGUCAUGUUUGAUAUAAAAGCUUUUCAUUUUUUUUUUAAACUUUUUCAAAAAGUUUGGCCUCAAGCAUCAUUAAAGAGACAUGUAUUGUCGAAAUGCGCAUCGCUGUAGAACAAUUGGUACUGUUAAUGUUAUAACAAAAGGUCAUAAUUAAAUAUUGUUAGUUCAUAGUAUACAACAAGUAGAAGGAGUUACAUACCUAUAUUAUAUUUUAUAUUGCUGGUACACGGUACGAUAGAAAACUGCAUGUGAUUGAAUUCAAUGUGUUUUGUAUUCAUUGAUAUUUUAUAUGUUUAAUGGAAUUCUAUAUUUAUUGAGUAGCAUACAUGUACCAGUUUUAAAAUAAACAACUUUAUGUGUUAAAAAAUAACGAACACAAUUAUACCCUA